AUGGACAAAAUAAUAACCGGCCUGUCCUCUAACUACCCAUGCUAUGGAAGUUGGUUUUUAGUUUGUGUGGAUUUGUUCGAAGAAAUGGGGUCGGGUGCGUCUGGACUGGCGACUGAAACCCCAGGCGGUGAUUUGCGCCUGCCCGCCUCUGGACUCCGGUUUACUAUUACCCAGCUUCGGACGCUCAACUCCUAUGUAGACACCCUGUGGGAGGAAGAUCAAAAAGGACGAAUAUCAACGGGACUGGAGAGUACUGUCGAGAAUUUAGUGCAGAGAAUAGUAGAUGGAGCUGGACAAAGAGAUUCUCGGUUUCGAUGCUGUCAUCUCAUAGCACUGCAUCGAGGCAAAAAGAUGCGUUCUCGUUCCCUGGAAUAUCUGGUAACUUUGGAUUCCCUUCCGCCUUUGAAUGCUGGAGAAGACUGUCGGCUUCAAGAUGGACCGGUCGGCUAUGGACGUAUACGCCUCUUGGGCAGAGAGGCUGAUAGAUGGGAGGAAUUUUUGACGCCCGCUGGAUAUUUGUGCAGAGACAAGGUGGUGGAGCGCUGGGUGGAGCUGAUCGCGCGGUGCGCACAGGCACGCGGCGGCGGAGCGCGUGCGCUGCCUGCGCGGGCCGCUGCGCGUGCGCAGCCCUACACCUACUGCUAUUUGGAAAGAGGAUCAGCACCUCAGACUACCCAGGAUCGUCGAUUGGCUAUCGUCGAAGGAGCAGCGUGGGUGAUGGUCCGCGUUGGGGCCGGAGAAGCUGAAGCUAAACUAAUGCUUGGAGUCAGGGUCGAAGGAUGUAAUCCUGCGGCUUAUACUACCAGGGUCCCGCUUACGCAUCCAAUGGCUUUACUGCACUAUACAAGUGCUCAGGGGGGUUACUACGCAGCGGCUGUCGGCCCCCCAUCCUCCAUGGUGUGUGGAGAUCGUACGUCUACCUGGCAGCUAUGGCACCCGUCCUUGGAAGCAGAGUUGGAUUCGCACUGCUCUGAUCUAUCUCAUGUGGCAAGAGUAGCAGCUGCGCUUAACGCUUUAAUAGAUAAAAUGAGGGAAGGAGUUUAUCAGGGUACUCUCCGCGUGCUGAGUCGUUACGCGGCGAUGUGCAGCGUGCGCCGGCGGCUGGACCGAGCGGGCGCCUCCCUGCACUCCGCCGCACGGUGCUGCGUGGCCGCACACGCCUCGCACCAUCUACUGCUCGUGUUGGACUCGUUGUAUUUACUAUGCGAACGAGGUGGCGUAGCGGGAUAUGUGUACCCAGUGGAGAGGGGCGCGGUAGUGCGGCGGGGGGCGAGGGACGCGGACUGGCUGUUCGACGCUGCUUGUGUUAAAAGCUGCCUCCAGCAACUGCAUCACGUCACAGCUGAAGACAUCCCUCCUUCUCCAUCUGACGCCUUAGAAACAGCCUUGUUUAGUCGGUGGGAGAACCUGAACAGAGAAGCGAAGGCUUCAGCCGGUUCGCCUCCGAUAUACUCCAGGAGACAAAUCCGGUACCUGUGGCGAGUUGCUAGCGAAUUGCUCACGUGCAAGAGUAUGAGUACACAUGAGAACCACAGCACUUUUCGUGCGAAUCUCAUUCAAGCAACUUCCUUUAAUGAAGAAUCCAUUGAAGAUCUCAUUCAUCUUCUGGCCAUUAUUCUCGACCAGGCUAGAGAUUUGUAUUUGAAUAACUUUCAAAACAGGAGUAUGGGAGAGUUUGAUAGAGAGCUGUCGGCUUACAGAUCAAAAAAGUGGAACAAACUGAAAGACUACUACGAUGCUUCAUCGGCCUGUCUGAUUGACGCAGUCCGUCGGGAUCCUGAACUUCGACGAGAAGACCUAAAAGACCACAUGGUUAUGAUGAAGAACAUCCUCAAUUGGCUCUAUAAAGGCGUUAAAGAUGAUAAAAAAUACCUCGGACCCGUCUUAAAACCUUACUUGGAUAGUCUUUUUGCCACUUCUAACGAGAAUUCCUGGUUUUUGGACGAUUUUGAUGGGAAAAAGUGUGUUAAAGAAUUUGAUGGGCUGAAGGAGUAUUGUCUGGGGGUCCAUGAUGGUACUGUUGAUGUAUGUUUAGGGUUGCUUGAUGCUGCCAAGAGGUCUGCGUGGGCUAAGGCUUUAGUGGAUUUUGUCGAUCGUUAUCGGCACAUUGAUUUCCGCCUAGUAUUUCCAACCAGUGACGGGAUGGCAAUCUCCUACCCUGUCAAGCUACCUUCACGUAGAGAACACAGUUCAGCUAGAACCCUCACUCUUAGUAGACGGGACAAAGCAGAAGCAAAGUUGAGGCUGGCGAAGAGAUGUGUGCUGGGAGCGUUCGCUAAUGCCCUUGUUGGUGACAGACGCUCGAAACAGAUUCCAAUAUCUCGCCACGAGAGUAGCGAUGAAAUCCUCGCAAGUGUUAAAACAGGCAACUACUGGAGAACCACUAAACCAGAUAUUAUUCCUUCCACUUCUAUCCAAGACUUGAACAAAAACACACUUGAUAUGCCCAAGGUUAGAAGACGGUCAAGACGACACCGGCCAUCUACUUCUUGUGGGUUCCCAGAAAUUUCUAUCACAAAUCAAUCAGACACCAAGACAAUGAGACGAAAAUACCAUACCUUGAAGAGUUUGGUCUAUACAGAAUCGGCAGAAAAUAUAAGAGAACUGAGAGAAAGACCUCGUUCUGCUGGUUCCACGGUGAAGAAUAAGGAAGCUUUGAGUAGACCAAGUAUUUUGGAGACGUUGGAUUUUAUAAAUAGUGUGAAAGAUGCUUUAUGUGUUGAAGAAUCCGGUGCCUCUGACACAGAAGACACAGCCUGGUCAUUAGAAGAAGAGUGGCUGGUUGGUCAGGCAGCCCCUUUAAACCUGGUGACACAGUGUUGCGGUGCCAAUACACUACAUCUUGCGCUUGGUGACCUCGUGCUGGCCUUACUUCAGUCCGGCAAGUUCACUAUUCUCCAAGAGUUAUGUUCAUUUCUGGGUGAAGGUAGCGAAGGAGCGCUAUUUGCCCUGCAUCGGCUUGCAAGAGCUGCUAGAUCCAGAAGCAGUGAAAGAGCUACGAGUUCUUGGCGGUUACCAGAAGCUGAAGGACCUUCAACAGAAGCCCCUCAGAAGUAUAGACCAAGGCCGCCAGACUACAUGUCUGGUGACGAAGCACCGCCACCUCCGCCACCUUUGCCUCGACACUCAAGUAUUGGGAGACAGGUAUCCCAUCGAUAUUCUGACUAUUUGCCUCCAAGUCGACUCAAGCUAGAGCCAACUAUUAGCCAGCUGCCCCUAAACCCUCCACAAAUCGACUACACCGGCAUCCUAAAUCCAAUCUAUGACAUCAAGAUGCCAAAAAAUAAAUUCUCGGUGAAAAGGUCGAAGUCUCUUGGUCGUAGCUUCAGCUCCAGGAAUAUGGGACUAGAGAUCACUAGGUACAACAUAACCCUCGGUCAGAAGAGUGGGAAGAAGACCAAUGAUGUGGUGACGGCGAUCACAGGAAUGACCGGAGAGACAGGAUUGGAUCCGAAGAGUAAUUUCUUUCAAAAGUACAGCACUGCUGAAGUUGUUGGUGAUUCAUAUAGAUUGAGUAGAGUCACUAUUGAUUGA